UAUCAUGUCAAUUGUUAUUCAAGUUUUAUCUCUAUGAAGUAUGUGUUUAAUUUUUUGAAACAAAAUCAUUUGAAUAUGGACAGGAGGAUUUUUUCUCAAGAAUAUAUAUUCACUUAUAACAGCAAAAAAAUCGCCAGGAUAUAUUUACAGUGACCCUAGGCAUUACGAGUGUGUAUUUACCGAAACGAUACUGUUAUCAGAUAAAUAUGUCCUUAUUUAUAAAAUGUGACUAAGUCAAACAUAUUUAUGCAGAAACUGAAGUAGGAAUAUAAGAAAUGGAUUUGGAUGAAAUAACAAGUGGAUACAGUAGCAGAUCAAGUAUAUCUGAGUCGCUAUUAUCAAAAACGUCAUCUUCACAAGAAAGGUCGCAAACAUGUCAAUCAUCCCCUAUCUCCAAAAUACAGUACAGUCUUGACGGAAAAAUCCCAGAUAAAAAUGUUGAAGAAACGUGCCUAGAUCCUGAAUUCCUGUCACAUGUUUUAUCAGAUAAUACAUGUCUCGUUGCGCUAAACACACAUCUUGAAAAUCUAAAAAUAAAUUUGGAAAGGAUUCCAAAUAAUGUCAGCGUUGCGAGGGUUGUUUUCAAAGAAAAGACUCUUGGGAUCGAAGAGCUAGAAGAAAUAUACAAAAAUAUACAUAAAUUCUGUCAGGAACAUUUGAAAAAAGAGGAACAUGGUCUUGAAGAAAUUAAAUUUUCAUUUGCCGAUUCAAAGUUUAAAAAGUUUUUAGAUGGGUUGAAAAACAAAGUCUCUAUUUUCUUUUCUGAAACUAAAAUGUCAGUCGUUGGACACGAUGAGGAUAUUGCUUAUUUUAGAGAUGGUAUUUUGACUUCUGUUCUGCACGAUGAAGUGAUAAGAGAUUUAAUGAACUUAGGCGAUGAACAGUUUCUUUACUUAAAAACCACUUAUUCUCUAAUCAAGAGGAAGUUUUCAGUUGAUAUAGAUUUAGAAGGCAAAGCCCUUUCAGAAACAAAUGGGUCAUGCAGUGCGAUUUUUCGCGGGCUUAAAGAAGAUGUCGUGAACGCUAUGCGAGGAGUUCGGCAACGACUUGAGACGUAUGACAAACAUUUCUGGAGCAGGCAACUCAAUAAAAACGAAAAUUUGUUGUUAAAAGAAAAAAGGGUUUUUCGUCAUCUUCGGGGUGAAAUCAAGAGACGAGACUGUUGUUAUCUGAUUGUCGAAGAUACAAGUAUGCUUUACGUUGCGUCUGUAACAAAGGAGGUUGACAGUUUCAGAAGUUAUCUAGAAAAUGCCUUGUUUGUGGAAAUCAAACGAAAUCUAAGCAACAUGGAGAAGACUAUUUUCCUUUCAGAUGAAUGGGUAAAGAACAAGAACAUCGUUCUUCAAACUAACACAAAAAAACAAAGCAUAGUAUCAGUUAUUGGCAACGAUUUGGUAGCCACUUGUAUACCACAUGUCAAAGAUCAAGUACAAAUCUUUAUAGACGAUUUUCUUAAAGAGAAAAUUCAUUUAAAGAUAAUCGAAUGGAAAUGUAGAGAAGACACAAAACAAAUGUGUCUAACUGUGAAAAAAGAAGAAUUAAUAGAAAUGAUGGAAUCAAGGAAAGAUGAAUUGAUGUCUGUAUCUCUGGAAGAUGAUGGAGUUCAUGUGCAAGGGACAAUCAUUGGUAUUCAGUCAUGUCAAGAAAUGUUAAAAAAUACAAUUGAUGAUAGAAAAUUCUCUAGAACAACGUUUACCGCAGCGUCGGAGGCAGUUAUGAAUCAUUUGUCGAACCCAGGAGCAAAACGAAAACUUCAAGAAGUAGGGAAAAGGACACAGAGUGUUAUUAAUGUUAAAAGCAAUUGCAAGAUUGCCAUCAAAAUUGGAAACAUAGCAAAUGAAGAGGUUGAUGUAAUAGUGAACUCGGUGCACAAGAAUACUACUUCCUCUGUUGGAUCAUCGACAGUUGCUGGAGCCAUAUUUGAGAAAGGAGGUUCUGGUUUACAGGAAAAACUGGUACAGAAAACAAGCGGCAGUAUGAAAUAUGGUGAAAUUGCUGUAACAGAAACUAGUGGAAAUCUUCGAUGCAAAGCUGUGUAUCAUGCUUGUUUGCAUGAAACACCAUCAAACCAAGAGGAGGAAGUACGGAAAAUGACCAAGAUGUGCUUGGAGAAAGCAGUGAGGGAUGGUUACACAUCCAUAUCCUUCCCAGCACUGGGUACCGGUGUCUAUGAUUAUUCCGGAGCUUCGUCAGCAAAGGGACUAUUUGAUGCCAUCGUGGAAUACCUUGAUACUAGUCCGUUACUAGAAAAUAUUGGCAUAGUUCUUUUUCAAGGAGCACGUAGAAUCGUAGAAGAGUCUUACCGACGAGAAUACGGGAAUCGUCGUUGUGGAGAGUCCCUAUCAGCACUCAUCUCACUGACCAGGGGUUGUAUCACGGCUGGAAACGUUACCAUAGUGGCAGAAAACCAACAAAACAUAGACAAUGCAAGGAAGGAGUUGGAGAAUCUCUUAACAGCAUUGUCUACAGAAGAUCAGCAGUGAAUGUAAGGAAGCAAACUCCGAAGAAUGAUGCUUGGAUUAUUCAUUUCUGAUAUCGCCGUAACAAAGUGAACAAUAAUGGAAAUCUUUCGCCUCAAUUAAACGUAUAAAAAGGUUUAGUGUAAAUAUAAAACUGUUAUAAUUCUUUAUUAAUUUAAGAUGGAAUGACAUGUAAUGAUAACGAACAGUGUUCAAAAUCAAAAGUCCAAAGGGAAAAUACAAUCAGGACCAUAGCAAACACAGACUUCUAAAAAUUUAGGGGUAGGAUAAGGUGCCAUGGAGGAAUGAGCACCCUCUGCUGACCGCUCUUUGUCGAAAUCGGGAAAAGCAGAAAAAUCCAAAGACAAUUAGGUGACAAUUAAUUAUGAAAAACGUUAGUCAGCAUGCGAGCCACAGGAAGAUUGUAUAUGUUGACAAUGUCGCUGUGUCUGUCAUAGAACUUACGAAAAUAUGAAUUCAAGAAAAAUACAAAAUGAUCUUUGGAAGAUGAGCUUCUAUACUAUUAUGUAUAUCCUUCCCUAUAACUACUACAAUUUAGCUAUGUCAAGAUAUCUGUGCAAAGCGAAGUUUGUAUUCGAUUUCACAAAUACUGUAACUAAUGCGUUAUUUAUUUAUUUUUCUUAAAAACUUUCUUGAGUAGAUCUUUUUUUCUUAUUUUAGCCUUUUUUUUUGGAUUGAGAUCCCGAUUUUAGAACUGUUACCUAGCUAGAAGAAGUGGCGAAAUAGUGUUUAGGGUCAUAUAAUUUUUCUUUAAUUUUAUUUAAAUGAUUUUGAUUAUCAUUUUGAUUAUUUUUUCUAACAUAAUUGUGAUUAUUGUUAUCAUUAUCAUAUACAAACAUGCAGAUUGUUCUGGCAAAUACAUAUUUAAACUAAUCGUUUCCCGCAUGUUGGUAAGUGAUUAUCUCAGAUUCAUUCAUUCAUUCAUACUUUAUUUCCUCAUGACUGAGAUAAUUUCAAAUGAAUACAAUUAAUUUAACCAAUACAAAUCAGCAAUUACAGAGAAAGUGAAGAAAGACAGAGAAAAAAAGAAGAAGCAUACUUGUAGUGCUUUAGUUGUAUGUAAUGCAGUGAUAAAUUUUGCUAGCUUUUUGUUUCUCUAGAUUGAAUUUUUCAACUAGCGAGCAACGAUUGAUUAUCUUCAGAAAGCACUAGCAGACUUGGUUAUUAACUUAUGAACCUACGUACAGACAAAAUUUAGUUUUAGCUUUAAUUUCAAAUUUGAUAUCAAUAACGAGACAAAAGCAGUGUGCUAAGUGACUACUCCUUUCGCGACUGAUAUAUUUUGUGAUUGGGUUUUAUAUAUUUUUGCAUUUUUGUGUUUUCUUGUGUAUAUUUGUUGAAUCUGUUGUUAUAACUAUUAUUUCAAUGAUAUGCAUACCAUAUGCAUUCUAUUAACUCUUAAAUGUUUUGAGAGGCUGGAUUGUAAACAAAUUACUCAUCAGAUAUACGUUAAAAGUUUACUUAGAGUACUUGAUAUUUUUGGCAAUGAACUGUGAUUUGGUAAAGGCAAAAACUCCAGAUGAUUUUGAUUUAAAAUUUAAAGCAAUAGGAGGUAUAUCAUUUAGAAUUAUAUUUUGCUGCAAAAACCUCCUGAUAGAUAAGUCUGCAUAUAGCUUAAACUUUUAUGACAUUAAAUAAGACUUGGAAAAACAUUAUUUUUUGUCAGAAGAAAGAUUUCUCUUCUAAGGCAUAUAUAGCAGAUCAAUUUUUGUACAAUUGAACAAUAAUUCAAUUUUGCUCAAAUAAUGGCUUCUCAACGGCUUUUCCAACAAAAAUAUGGCAAAAGAAAUUAAUAAACUAUGAUAUUUUUUGUAAAUUUAGUAGAAAAUAACAUUUUAGUAAAAAAAAAUAAAUUCAGCAUGAAAAUUGCAGCUCAAACUGCUUUAAUUAAGUACUUAAUAUUUUGGCAGUGAACUCUGAUUUGGUAAAGUCAAAACUCCAAAUGAUUUUAAUUCAAAAUUAAGUAAUUCCUAAUACCUAUAUAAAGAGCUCUUUAUCUCAAAGAAAUUAUAUUGGUCUAAAUAUCAUCCAGCAUUCUUGAUACAUAUUUUAUAAAAGUGUUCAAUUUUUUCUGUAGCCAAAUUUCAUAAAAAGUACAUUGACUUGUACUGCUGUUUACUAAACUUGCUGCCUUUUUGCACUUGUUCAGUGAAUAUUAAUACGAUUUCUUGUUAAUAAAACAAAUUUCAAAAUCGAUAAGGAUUUUCACACUCGCUAACAUUUCAAAAACAAUAAACAUGAAUAGCUUUUGACUAUUUUGUACUCUGUUUUAAUGAGUUGGCGUACAUCCUUUUAAAAACAACACGUUUGUUUGUCUAGAUAAUGGUAAUUCCUGUGGAUAUAAAAGGUUAAAUAACUAGCGUUGUAAAAAAAAUAUGCAACCCCUAAUAUUUUUGGCAAUGAUAAUUGAAAACGCACACAAAUGUUCAGAUGUACAAUUAUUGCUGAAUCAUUUAAUCAAUAUUUUUUAAUUAAAAAAAAAAUUGGUAAAAUACGUAAAAUAUUGCUAUCGUUAAUCAGAACGUUGCAUCUGAAAAAAACCCAGCUAAUGACUGGAUGUGAUUAACAUGACAACAGCAACAACAAUUUCUUGGAAGUGUGAGGUCAAACCCUAAAAGUCCGCGGACUUAGUGUCCUCAGAGUAGCUUAUGUUUAAAUCGAUAAAAAAAAAAAUCCAAGAAAAGUCCACUUCAUUCUUACAUAAAAAAACCAUCAACCAAUUCGAACUCUGUCAAAAUUACUUUUUAACAGCAACUUGAAUUAAAAUGGUUGUCAACAAACUGGGAAUCAGAUCAACCUCAAAUUUGUACUAGAUAUUUUCUUACCAAUUUGAAAACAUCACUGAGACAUAUUUCUUUAGAUGUCAUUACUUCACCUGCCUUUGAAUAUCUUUUUAACACCGUCAUCAUCCUCGUAAUGUAAAACGGUGUAGUGUGUUAACAGGUAAAAAUAGGGACUCCUGAUCCCAAAGUGAAUUAACAUACUGUUCUUUUCAAAAAUUUAGAUUAUUGAUAAUCAAAAUUUAUACAUGACAACUACAAAUUUUUAUUAUCAAUAAUCAAUUUUUUUGUAAAGGCCAAUACUUUUCUUUCCUAUGUCAGUCUGGGUGUUCAGGAAAACAUUUGAGGCAAGAAAAGAGGAAAUCUGUGGUAAAAUUAUUUUCAUAUUUUUACAGUAUAUAUUACUAAAUUAGUUUAAUAAGUCCAAAACCUUGCACAACCGUUUGUGCGCAAUAAAUAAUAUUAUACAGUUUUUUGUAUGGAUAGAACUGUAUCUUAACGGUCUGUCUACCAAAAUUGUUCGUUGAGCUACAGUUCUGCAGCUAUUAGAUAUAAAUAGAAAGUAUCGAUUACAUUGAUGAAACGGCUUAUCAAGCUGAAAAAAAAUAUUUUGGUCUGGGUUCCAAAAGAUUAAAAUAGCGUUAAAUGCGGCAUCUACAGAUUAUAAAGUAAAAAAUUCGCAGACAAGUCUUUUUAAAGGAUCGAGUAGAUUUCAGUCUCCAGUCCAAUUUCUGUUUCAACUACAAUCGGUUUAAGAGGGGGAUAUUGUUAAUGAAUUUAAAUUCAUAUUAAUGUAUACGAACACAAUAACACAUAGCGUCUACUUAUAGAUACCCGAUUUUUAUGUUAACAUAAUUAUUUAAACUAACAUAUUUGUUUAAAAUUGUGUCGGAUGCCAGGAUACGGUUUUGUAAAAAUCCAUUGAUAUCAAAUGAUAGACCAUUGUCUAGAGAGUAUAUAAACUGUGUGUUUUAGUGUGUCUUACCUGACAUGAUAUUUACCUUUAAAAAUAAAUAUGCUAAAGGAAAAUUAUUAUUCCCAAAGGCGACGGAAUAUAUUUUCUAUAAGAGAAAAGUAUUUCCUGCAGGAAUUUGAUUCAGACAGGUAUUUUCCUAAAGGAAAUUAAGAUUUCGUAUAUGAUUAUAAAAUCCUAUGGGAGUUUUAUUCUAAGCCUAUAAAAGUUUAAAAUCUUUUAUAUACAAUGGGAAAUAUGUUUUUCCUAUGGUAAAAAUUAUUUUCCUGUAAGGAAUCAUUUUUUAAAGAUAAGUAUCUCACCUGACAGGUGAGAUACGGUCAAUUAGAUAAUAAAGGUAGUUAAAAACUCUUUAAGCAAUGGUCUUUCAUAUAGCAUAUUUGAAAUUCGAUACAAGCUACUCAGACGGGUGCAAAAAAUGUCACAUUGGCACUAUCGUAAUUAUCGGCCACACCUUUGUUUAUCUAUAAAAAGCUUAAUGUUUUGCAAGAAAAUAAAACUGUUAUUUAAAUGUUGAAUAUAAAAGUUGAAUUGAAACAUUAGAAUAAAAAAUAAUAACCCAAAGAAAACUAACUAUUAUGUAUAUGCACCUGUCUUCCAAAUGCCAGUUGAGGAUCGGCGCCAUCCAUUGUUUUGACAUUUGCAUUGUAAUCUCUGAAUUGCUUGUAUAUUUUGUGUAAUCUGUUAUCAACUGUGUUUAAUUAACUGUGCUUAUUUAUGUAAUAAUUUUAUCAUACUUUUUAAUAAUAAAGCCAUGACAGUACAGCU